AUGGCUGCAUUUGGGUUGGAAAUCCUUGGAGUGACUCUCUCGGUUCUUGGUUGGGCUCUAAGCAUUGUGAGCUGUGCUCUACCCAUGUGGAGGGUGACGGCGUUUAUCGGGGCCAACAUCGUCACGGCACAGGUCUACUGGGAGGGUCUGUGGAUGAGUUGUGUGUUUCAGAGCACUGGUCAGAUGCAAUGUAAGGUCUACGACUCCAUGUUGGCUCUGCCCCAGGACUUGCAGGUUGCUCGAGCCCUUACUGUUGUCUCCAUCAUCAUGGGGUUGCUGGCGCUUCUGGUGUCUGUUGUCGGAGCCAAAUGCACGAACUGCAUUGAGGAUGAGGCAACGAAGGCUCGCGUGAUGAUUGGUUCCGGCGCUGCUUUCAUUGCAGCAGCCAUCAUGAUGCUCAUUCCUGUGUCCUGGUCAGCUCACACCAUCGUCUUGGAAUUUUUCAACCCCUUGGUGGUCGAAUCACAGAAGAUGGAGAUCGGGGCUGCGCUGUACAUUGGAUGGGCUGCCUCUGCACUUUUGAUGUUUGGAGGCUCCAUUUUGUGCUGCAGCUGCCCACCGAAGGAAAAACACAUGAGGUAUGCACCCGCCAGUCGUAUGGCUUACUCUGGCCCUCACUCAACAGCAACCACCACUUACCACAAGAGAGACUAUGUGUAA